CCGCUCCCGGGUCGCGGGUUCCGGCCUCUGGAUUGCGCAUGCGUGCCAGUGACGUUAGCCAGCAGACCGGACUGGCAGUUCCUUCCUCGGAAGGAGAGAUCCCUGUGCCAUGGAGUCCUACGAUGUAAUCGCCAACCAGCCUGUGGUGAUCGACAAUGGAUCCGGUGUGAUUAAAGCUGGUUUUGCUGGUGAUCAGAUCCCCAAAUACUGCUUUCCUAACUAUGUGGGCAGACCCAAGCAUGUGCGUGUCAUGGCAGGAGCCCUGGAGGGUGACAUCUUCAUUGGCCCCAAAGCUGAGGAGCAUCGAGGGCUACUAUCCAUUCGCUACCCAAUGGAGCAUGGCAUUGUCAAGGACUGGAAUGACAUGGAGCGAAUCUGGCAGUAUGUCUAUUCCAAGGACCAGCUGCAGACCUUCUCAGAGGAGCAUCCUGUGCUCCUGACAGAAGCACCUUUAAAUCCUCGGAAAAAUCGGGAACGAGCAGCCGAAGUUUUCUUUGAGACCUUCAACGUGCCAGCCCUUUUCAUCUCCAUGCAAGCCGUGCUCAGCCUUUAUGCCACAGGCAGGACCACGGGUGUGGUUCUGGACUCUGGGGAUGGCGUCACCCAUGCUGUGCCUAUCUACGAGGGCUUUGCCAUGCCCCACUCAAUCAUGCGCAUUGACAUUGCCGGCCGGGACGUCUCGCGCUUCCUUCGCCUCUACCUCCGCAAGGAGGGCUAUGAUUUCCACUCAUCCUCUGAAUUCGAGAUUGUCAAGGCCAUCAAAGAAAGAGCUUGCUACCUGUCCAUAAACCCCCAGAAGGAUGAGACCCUAGAGACGGAGAAGGCACAGUACUACUUACCCGACGGCAGCACCAUUGAGAUUGGUCCUUCCCGAUUCCGGGCUCCGGAGCUGCUGUUCAGGCCAGACCUGAUCGGUGAGGAGACUGAGGGCAUCCACGAGGUGCUGGUGUUCGCCAUCCAGAAGUCUGACAUGGACCUGCGGCGCACACUUUUCUCCAACAUCGUCCUGUCUGGUGGCUCCACCCUCUUCAAAGGUUUUGGUGACAGGCUGCUAAGCGAAGUGAAGAAGCUGGCUCCAAAGGAUGUGAAGAUCAGGAUAUCUGCACCUCAGGAAAGACUGUACUCCACGUGGAUCGGGGGCUCCAUCCUUGCCUCCCUGGACACCUUUAAGAAGAUGUGGGUCUCCAAGAAGGAAUAUGAGGAAGACGGUGCCCGGUCCAUCCACAGAAAAACCUUCUAAUACUGGGACAUCCUCUUCCCCUCUCUCUGAAGUUAACUCCACUUUAAAACUCGCUUUCUUGAGUCGGAGUGUUUGCGAAGAACUGCCUGUGUGUGAGUGUGUGGGUGCAUGUCUGAGUGCUUGUGUGUGUGCGUGUGCGUGCGCGCGCAUGUGUAUGUGUGUGUGCGCGCGUGUGUGUACGCACAUGAGUGCCCUGUGGCCUGGCGACCCAGGGCCUAGAAAGGACGAUGAACGACCACAAGGUGACGGCCUGCGGCUGACCAGGCCGGCCCCAGCGGAGAAACCACCACGGUGCACCCCACUUCGUCAGCUGGGCCGCUGUGACUGUGGGACUGUCUGCUACUGCAGGGAGAGGGAGGGAAAGCAGCACCCUCAGAUCCUGCUGCCCAUCAGAGGCGGGAUUCACCUACCCGCCCACCCACCCCCGCCCCAGGAUAUGCUGGGGCCUACCCAGCAGCUGCCUCCUUUGCUUCUGUCCUCAGGUCUUGAUCAUGGGCUGAGGAUGGGGGCCGGGUGAGCUCUGGCAGGUUUGGAGACAGGAAGGCUCUCUGGGGUCAGGAAAGGAUAAUUUCUCAUCUGCAGGGACCCAGGACCACAGCAGGGGUGAGAGGAAGGUGUGGAGGUGCCCUGAUCUCUUCCCAAGGGUCUUGGGAGUGCUGGAGAGUGUUGGCUUCAGGCCGUUUCUUGCUUUACAUCUGUCCUUGGGCAUUGCCAUCCUCUUAACAGUUUCAUUUAUUGAAGUGUUCAUUCGUUCGGGGAUGGAGAGGGGGCUCCUCACUUCCUGUCUGCCAGUCACCCGUCACAUUCAUGUUUACAACACUAGGCUUAGCUUAGCACUGAGGGCCCCACCACUCCCCGUUCUGAUGACCAGACAGUGUCCUAAGGCCUCAGGAUUGUUGGAGUCCAGGUCCACUCCACUUUUCUCCCUCCUCCACCUCCACAGACUGGUUGCUGGUUGGGUUUUUCUGACACAGGUGGUAGGAAGCAGAGAGGCUCCUUGCAGUAGAGGCCUUGGAAGAUCCAGCUCCCUUAGGACUGGCAGUAGCCACAUUGACCAAAUUGCCUUUUCUCACUUGAAGGACCGAGGGGUGCUGGAUUCUAAUGCACGAAGGCCCCCACGGGUCGGAUUUUGGACCAUCCUUGUCUUUGGACUUGAUAGCUCUGAGAGGGAGGAGUGCCAGGAGCCGCUGGGCUGAGGCUCACCUCAGGUAGGUGCAUGCACCUGCCCAGCUCUGAGAUUGGCCUCGCAGUGGGUCAAACACUCUCCCACCCAGACACAGCAAAGCCAGAGUGAGCAGAUCUUCCCCAGCUCACCCAGACCCGACCCAGUCCCAGAGGCCAGUAGUGUUCUCCCCCAUGCCGUCCGACAACCAAAGGCCUUGCCAGAUGUGGGCCACAGCAGCAGGUGUGUGUGAAAGCGAUGUGGCGAGCCGCGGACUGCAGUAUGCUUAACCAGCUACCCCCCUUCUUAGCCCAAGCCUGUCCCCCCCGCACAGCCUCGCACAAACCAUGAUGCCUGAUGGGGCCCAGUGUACGUAAAUAAAGUCGUUCCAACCUA